GUGGCAAUAAUGGCAUACGAGAGGUGCGGCUGUUAUACACGGAUCAAACGACGGGCAAACAGAGCCCGAGCGGUGUAUAUCCAUUGGUCAGGGGUCGGCCACUAUUUGCCGAGGUGGAUUUUGUGCCAACAUACAUACCGGCGCUGACGUAUUACGUGGCCGUAUCAGUGAUAUUGCCUAAACAGAUCAGGAGCACGGGCUCAGGUGGUCCGUGGGUGCUUGGCUGGCAUCAGGAGCAGUUUACUGUACCCCCGUGUAGGCUAUGUACUAACCGUAAUCAGUCGUAUACAAUGCCGGUGACGAUAUACCUGCCUGACGAUGGCUGGUGUCCACAGGUU